AUGCGCGAGUAUGAGACCGAGUUUAACUGGCUCACGAGGUACGGUGGUCAUGAGAUGGAGGACGAAAAGGUUCAGCUUCAUCGGUUCUUGCGGGGCAUGAGAGUGGAUGUCCGCAACCGAUGUAUGAUUCAAAACUAUGCAAAUCUUGCGGAGUUGGUUGAGAAGGCAGCCAUGUUGGAGGAUGGACUGGCCGAGGAAUCUCAGCAACGCACCGAAGGGGCCUCAGUACAGCAGACAGAUGCGGCCAAACUUUCCGCAUCUGGGAGCGCAAGGGCAGAAAUGGGUCAGCGAGGUGUUGCUGUUGCCACCACCGCCGAAACGACCGAAGAUUAUGCCAAUGGUAUACUCGAUCGAGGACGAGCAGGUGGAAGCAAGUACUUCAUGGCAGAUCACUUGUUCUUAGCAAGCAGGGAUUAUGUAGGGACCAUACUCAUGUGUGGAGUAGUAACUCAUUUGAUGUUCGAUACUGGGGCUAAGCAUUGUUUUGUGAGUCCGUAUAUGAUUGGGAAAGGCGGGCUUCAGAAAGAGCCCAGUGAUAAUUUUGGAUUGGUACAAGCAGCGGGCGGCCAAGUAAUGAUGAUGUACGGUAUAGUACGAAACAUCUCGGUCAUGAUGUGCGGUAUGGACAUGCCGGCCGACCUGGUUAUAUGUCGAGUGAAAUCACACGAUGUGAUACUAGGCAUGAACUGGUUCGGUAAGCACAUGGCUCACUUGGACUGCCACUGUGGGUUAGUUCUCUUUGAAACAACUAUAGGAACGUUAGAAUAUCAGGGCAUUAGGCCACUCUCGGGGAAUUUGAUCGUAUCGACAGUUCAGGCUGAACAGUUGAUCAGGAAUGGAUGCGAAGCGACUGUAUUCGGACCAUUGUCCGAGUUACCACCAGCACGUUUGGACCCAUUCACCAUUGAAUUGGAACCUGGUACGACCCCAAUAUCUAAGGCUCCGUAUCGGAUGGCACCAGCCGAGAUAGCCGAACUAAAGAAACAAUUGGGUGAACUGAUGGAGAAAGGUUUUGUUAGACCAAGCAAUUCACCAUGGGUCGCGCCGGUAUUGUUUGUAAAGAAGAAAGACGAUGACAUUCUGGUCUAUUCGAAGAAUGAGGAAGAACACGGUACACAUUUGAGGAAGGUGUUGGAAAGGCUGAAGGAACAAAAGCUGUUCGCCAAAUUUAGUAAGUGCAGUUUUUGGAAAAGAGAGAUUGGGUUCUUAGGCCAUGUAGUAUUAGACCGGGGAGUGUCCGUGGAUCAAGAAAAGAUUCGGUCCAUAGCAGAAUGGCCUAGACCGCGGAAUGUCUCAGAAAUAAGGAGUUUUCGAGGACUGGCCGGGUAUUAUCGGCGAUUUGUGAAGGGGUUUGCUAGUAUGGCCCAGCCAUUGACCAGAUUGACUGGAAAAAAUGAACCGUAUGUAUGGACAGCUGAGUGUGAGCAAAGUUUCUUGAAGCUAAAGGACAUGCUUACGAGCACGCUAGUUCUAGCCUUAUCAGAACCGGACGAACCAUACGUGGUGUACACGGAUGCAUCUGGUCAGGGACUAGGGUGUGUACUGAUGCAAAGUGGUAGAGUGAUUGCUUAUGCCUCUCGACAGUUAAGGAAGUAUGAAGCAAACUACCCAACACAUGAUUUGGAAAUGGCUGUUGUGGUAUUUUCACUAAAGAUUUGGAGAACUUACUUAUAUGGUGGGAAGGUGCAAAUAUACAUGGACCACAAGAGUCUCACGUAUAUCUUUACGUAG